AUGGGUCGGACGGUCGACCAGGAAGUUCACGCGGCGUUUGUCGAGUUCCGUGCCAAGGAAGACGAUAAGUGUCUUUCCGUACAGUGCAUCUACUGCCAGCAGAUCCGCGCAAAGAACACCUCGCGGCAGAAGCAGCACCUGCUCGAGUGUCCUGGUCUCCGCGGCGCCCAGGCUCAGCAAACCCAGCCUACCCAAGCAGCUCCGAAUGGCAUCGCCGCUGCAAAUGGAUACCCUCCGAAUCCCAACGCCGCAGGCGCGGCCGCCCCAGGGCCCCCUCCAGGGCAUGGCGCCCUGGCAACUCCUGGAGCCGGUAUGAUGCCAAACGGCGUCGGUCCCCAUGCGACUCCCAUGCAGACACCUCUCCAGACCCUGGCCGGCCGCCCCUCAUUGCCAGCUACCGGUCCUGUUGCUGGCCCUGCGACAGGUGGGCCUCCGCCGCCUGCGCGUACGACCCCGAAAGCGAAGCCGAAGAGCUCAACCUCGAGCCUCCCCGCCCCUCCUCUCGAUGACGUUCACGCUGCGUUUGUUGAGUUCCGUGCCAAGGAGGAAGACAAGUGUCUCUCCGUGCAGUGCAUCUACUGCCAACAGGUCCGCGCAAAGAACACCAGCCGACAGCGCCAGCAUCUCCUGGAGUGCCCGACAUACCUUAGCGUUAUGAAGGACUCGAUUCCUGCAAACAACCUCCUGCACACAUUCCCCGAGGGCGAAAUCGCCCGCUCGCUGUCGCUCCCGUCACCUACCCUCGAGCUGGACUUUCGUUUGAGCCUCAAGAUAAACCCCAAGGUCGGAGUGGGCCCAGGCAUCUGGGGCCACAGGGACUGGGUCACCUUUGUUGGUGGACAGUGGGCUGGUAGAUGGGGCAAGGGUGUGGUCGUGCCUGGUGGACAAGACUCUCAAGUCAUGACGAAGGAUUCCACAAGCAUGCGCGCAAACUUCCUCCUCCAGACCGCAGACGAGCCCCCGGCGUUCAUUGUCGUCAAGACCAAUGGAUGGCUUACGGGCGCCAAAGACGUGCUAGACAAGCUCGGCGACCCUACAAUGGCGGACGGGAUUAACCCUAACUCUUACAAGUAUCGUGUGAACCUGUCCAUGGAGACAGGCGAUGACCGCUAUACUUUCCUCAACACCCUGAUGUGGAUCUCCAGCGGCUGCCGCCGAGGUCAAGAAAUCAUUUUGGACGCCUUCCGCGUUAACUGA